CUUCACUUCGAUAUCGCUUUUCCAACUCACGACAUAGAGUUCGUGCAGGACUUUUCUUACGGGAUCCAAAAGGCGCCUCUGUCUGAUGCUGAUCUCGAUAUGCCGGCCGCAGACGAGGAAUUGACAAAUAUGACCAUUAAUUUCCAGCGUAAUCCCUUACGAUGGGAUAUCCACGUGAAGCGUGAUGAAGGCAUUCGUGUCCGUGACGUUUUCGAGGCGAUCUAUUCGGCUUUUGACAUACCGAUCACGCUCUACGAGAAGAGCUUGAUGCCGCCUCGCCUCCAUGCGGGGUGUGAGGAGGCAUUUAGGCUUCGCUGCGACCUUGCACCGGUGCCUCUGAUCAUGCAACAAUGCCAAGGUUGGAAGCGUAUAGAUACACUUCUGCAUGAAACCAUCUUCCGCGGCUUGACUCAGUCGAAGCGAGGGGAAGAUUGGACGUUAAAUCUC